AUGGACCAGUUCCACGACAGGAAGCACGUGCAGCUGCGGAGCCGCGUGCUGGGCACCUACGUCCACGCCGACCACGACGGGGAGCGCGUCUCCCUCAGCCGGCGCCGUGACUCGCUCAACACGGCGUGGGUGGCGCACAUCCACCAACGCGCCGACGGCCUGUACCUGCUCCUCCACAGCGCCGCCUACGGCCGCUACCUCGGCACCACGUUCAAGCCGGCGCCGCUCGGCCACCACGGCUGCCGCACCGAGCAGCGCGACUACGACGACGAGCCGGACUUGAUGGCCGUCAUGUGGAAGGCCGCCGGGGCGGGCUUCGGGGACGUCGUCCUGCUCCGCAACGUCUCCGUCCGCGUCCUCCGCGCCAACGGCAGGGACCUCCCCUGGAACGGCGUCACCGUCGACGACAACGUCAGCUCCAUGAUGUACUGGACCGUCGAGCCCAUCCCCGCAAGAGGCGGUCCGCCUGGCCUUCCAGGCCCGAUUCAGCUCGGCCACCACGGCUGCUGCACCGAGCAGCGCGACUACGACGACGAGCUGGACUUGAUGGCCGUCAUGUGGAAGGCCGCCGGGGCGGGCUUCGAUGACGUCGUCCUGCUCCGCAACGCCGCCGGCCGCUGCCUCUCCUGGAACACCGGCGUCACCGUCGACAACAUAGGCAACAUCAGCGCCAUGAUGUACUGA